GAGUAAUUUAUUAGGCAUAAGAACGACCGGUGAACGCUGCACUUUACUAUGCUAAAGCUUCCAAAAAGCUUUUGUUCUUUCUUCUAUCUUUUCCAAUUACAAUCUCUCUGUCCUUUUUAUGUAACAAGCACAGGCUUUCUAUCUUUAGUAACUAAACAACGACAAUUCUAUGAUGCAACCGUUCAAAGCCGUUAACUCCACCCUCUAACACCACCUAGGGUUUCCUUUUUUAGUAUUUCAGGCCUCUUCCCCUUUCUGUCUCUCUCUCUGAGUCACUCGCUUUCUCUUACUCUCGAGUCCUUGGAAUUUAACACGGACUGGCCGAGUUUCUCUAGGGCGUUCGUGAGGUUUCUUUGGAUAUUUAAUUUGGGGGGAUGCUCGGAAAGUUACAAUUUUGGGUCUUGAAGUAGGAGCUCUGGAUUUGCUCAUGAAUUUCAGUGCAAUUUGGUUUUAUUUCGGCAGUUUUUGGCAUAUACAGAUAUAAAUACACACAUAGAGACAGAGCCUCACAUAUUUGUGAGCACCAGAAAAGCCGAAUCUGAAGGGGUUUCUGUGUUGUUGCUGAUUGAAAGCUUUGGCGUUUUGCUUCAGCAAUUUUCGGCGGUUUCAGCGUCGGCGGAGUUGAUAUUAUCGCUUUGAGGUUUUCUUUGCUGAUUGAGUGGACAGAGUUUUAGUGUUAUGUUGUUGAAUUGGGGUUUUUAUUUUGGUUCUAGAGCUCUUGGAUUUGCUUGUCGAAAGUGGAAGGCCAGUUAAAUGAUGAACGCUGAAAGUGGUCUGCCUGUAGAGGAAGAUGAUUGGGAAAGAAGGAUUGUUUUGAGCAGCAGUUAUUUGGUGGAGCAAUAACAGUGGUAUAUUUUAUCUGGAAGUGGAUUUUAACCUGAAUAUGGAAUACCCCUUUUCACCUAAAGAGAAAGGGAGUGAUCAUUGGGCAUCUUCCAGAGCUCAGGUGGAGAAUUUGGGAUCACUUGAUGUUGGAACAAGGAACUCGAUUUCAGAGGAUAUGUUUAAUAACAUUUCUGAGCUUAUGAAUUUUGAUACUUAUGCUGGAUGGUGCAGUCCAGCAGCAAUGGAUCAGAUUUCAGCCUCUUUUGGUGUGCCAUCAUGUCCAUCAGUGACCUAUGUGCCUUUGGACGCCUUGAACUUUGCAGAACAGAAUGGUGGGGCAUUGCCUGGGACAGAAGGUGGCGAAACUUUUAAUGUGGGGGAAAGUUCUUUCAGUGGUGAAGACAAAAUUGUGUUUCAGCAAAUGGACACCCCCCAAUUCGGGGUUUCAACUGAUUCCCACGAUGCUAAUGACUUGGCUGCCAAGCUAAAUAAUGGUUCUUUUCAACAGAAUAAUGUCAUGGAAGUGGGGAAAUAUAUGAUCUCUAGGCCACCUGGAUUGUCACUUAAUGAGAAAAUGCUUAAGGCACUGUCGUUGUUUAAAGAGUCUUCUGGUGGGGGUAUUUUGGCGCAAUUAUGGGUUCCCAUGAAGUAUGGUGAUCACUACUUGUUAAGCACUUGUGAGCAACCCUAUUUGCUUGACCAUAUUCUCGCAGGGUAUCGUGAAGUGUCAAGGACGUUUACAUUCUCUGCAGAAGAAAAACAGGGUUCUGUCCUGGGGCUUCCUGGGCGUGUAUUUGUCUCCAAAGUUCCAGAGUGGACUUCAAAUGUUAGUUAUUACAAUAAGGCUGAGUACCUGCGGGUGGAUCAUGCAGUUAAUCAUCAAGUCCGUGGAUCAAUUGCCUUACCAGUUUUCAAUUUUGACUCUGAAAUGUCAUGCUGUGCUGUGUUGGAGCUUGUCAGUACAAAAGAGAAACCCAAUUUUGAUGCAGAGAUGGAAAUAGUUUGCAAUGCACUACAGGCUGUGAAUUUAAGGACCACGGUGCCUCCUCGACUUCUUCCCCAGUGCCUCUCAAUGAACCAAAGAGCUGCUUUAGCUGAAAUAACUGAUGUCUUACGAGCUGUUUGCCAUGCACAUAUAUUGCCAUUGGCUCUAACCUGGAUUCCUUGUUGCUACUCUGAGGGUGAUGGUGAUGAAAUUAGAAGAGUACGUGUAAGAGGGGGUAUUACAAAUUCAAAUGAGAAAUCCAUUCUAUGCAUUGAGGAAACAGCUUGUUAUGUAAAUGAUAGAACGAUGCAAGGCUUUGUGCAUGCAUGUGUAGAACAUCAUCUUGAGGAAGGGGAAGGAAUUGCUGGGAAAGCACUUCAAUCAAAUCAUCCCUUCUUUCUUCAUGAUGUUAAGGUGUAUGAUAUUUAUGAAUAUCCACUUGUUCAUCAUGCACGCAAGUAUGGUUUGAAUGCCGCUGUUGCAAUCAGACUAAGGAGCACCUACACUGGUGAUGAUGACUAUAUAUUAGAGUUUUUUCUCCCUGUCAAUGUGAAGGGGAGCUCAGAACAGCAACUGUUGUUAAACAACCUUUCAGGUACCAUGCAGAAAAUGUGUAAGAGUUUAAGGACAGUUUCAGAUGCAGAAUUAGCUGGGGUACAAGGCUGCAACACUGGGGUUCAGAAAGGGCCAAUCCCCAAUAUCCCACAACAGAGAAAUUCUCAGACAACAUCAUCAGAUAGUGAAUUUAAUUCAAUGGAGAAUAUGCCGUCCGAUGUAUUAAAUAGAAGAAAUGGGGGAAUCGAAGCAGAGAAUCCCCGUGAACAGGCACCUGGAUCAAGAAGGCAGAUGGAGAAAAAGCGAAGUACAGCGGAGAAAAAUGUGAGCUUGAGUGUUCUACAGCAAUACUUCUCUGGGAGUCUCAAGGAUGCUGCUAAGAGCAUUGGGGUCUGCCCCACUACGCUAAAGAGGAUCUGCAGACAACAUGGGAUCUCUAGAUGGCCAUCUCGUAAAAUAAAUAAGGUGAACCGUUCAUUGAAGAAAAUACAAACUGUGCUUGAUUCUGUUCAGGGGGUUGAGGGAGGAUUGAAGUAUGACCCAACUACUGGUGGGUUUGUGGCAACAGGGUCCAUCAUCCAAGAAUUUGAUGCUCAGAAAAGUCGUUUAUUCCCUGAGAAGAGCCUGCCUGUUCAAAAUUCUGAGCUAGUUACCCAAGAUCCAGUUCCAGUACCUUCAGUGUCUUGCAAUAAUGGUGAGAGUUUUGCAAUUAAGUUGGAAGAGGAUGGGUGUUGUAUUCCAACUUCUCACGAGGAAGGGGUAAAGAAACAGAAUAUCCCUCUUAUGCCUCAAAGGGACUCCAAGCCAAUUUUGGAAGAGGAUGGGUGUUGUAUUCCAACUUCUCACGAGGAAGGGGUAAAGAAACAGAAUAUCCCUCUUAUGCCUCAAAGGGACUCCAAGCCAAUUGCAAUAGAAGGAAAUAAAUGGGGUCACAGCAAGAACAGUCUAAAAUUAGAGAAUUCUGACUGUCACUUUGUGUCUCAAAGCUCAAGCUCCUUGGCUGCUGCUGAUGAUAUGGACACGGGAGUCGACGGGGAUGAUGGGAUUGUUGAAUAUAACCAGCAUACUUCUUCGAGCUUGACAGAUUCAUCGAAUUGCUCUGGUUCAACUCUGCGCUCAUCAAGUUCUCAGAGCUUUGAGGAGCAAAAGCAACCAAACAUGAACGCAAGCAGUGUUGAGAAUGGGUCAAAAAUAAUUGUGAAAGCUACUUAUAAAGAAGAUACGAUCAGGUUCAAGUUUGACCCUUCUGUUGGGUGCUUUCAACUAUAUGAAGAGGUUGCGAAGAGGCUGAAGUUGCAAAAUGGGACAUUCCAGCUCAAGUAUUUGGACGAUGAAGAGGAAUGGGUGAUGCUAGUGAGCGAUGCAGAUUUGCGGGAGUGCCUUGAAAUAUUGGAUGACAUUGGGACACGUAGUGUGAAGUUCAUGGUCCGUGAUACACCUUUUGGUGUUGGUAGUUCUGGCAGUAGCAAUUGUUUCUUGGCAGGGGGCAUAUAACAGAUGGAGGUUACUCAACUCUAGGGUAAAUUUUGAGUCUGCUUUUAUAGUAUUAUAGGCUUUCUUUCACUAGCUUUAUGGGUUUUACUUCAAUGAGGUCAUGUACUUCUAUUGCCUAUUUCCUUUCCAAUAUUAGUUCACUUCAACACACACAAUGGAAAUCACUGUCUUCUGGCUAGGCUGCUUCGGUAGUCCUUUAAGAAGUACAGCUUUCUGGUGUGCAUGGUGGCCAUUGUAAAAGUUCCGAAGUAGGCGAAGAGAAGAUAUGACCUAUAUAAUAUAAAACCCAUGCAUGUUACAAUAAGCUGUGUAUAUGUCAUAGUGGAUGUAGUCAUAGAAAGGUUAGAGGGGGUGCCUUAAUCCCCAGUCUGUAUAGUCUAUAAAUAUAUCAACUUGAAAACAAUAGAUUUACGACUUCAAAUUGUUUAUCUUUGAAUUCAGUACAUUCUUGGGAGAAAGUAUUGUUUAUAAUUUACAGAGCACGUGAUUGAUGACAA